UAGAGAUCAGCAGUGCAGUGCACACAGCAACAUCAGUGGCUCUGAACUCAUGACAUGGCAACAAAAAUCAUCUAUUUCACCGUGAAUGGGAAACCAGAGCAGGCUGAGUUCUCCGUGGAUUGCCCUGCACAGGAUGUCAAAGAUCUGUUCCGCUCUGCGGCCGAGGCAGGACCCCAUGACAUCCUGAAGCUGUACAACCCCAAAGGCAACAUCAUCAACAUCUCCCCGAGUCUGGAGCCCAACGCCCCAAACUCUUGCUACAAGCUAGAGGUGGUGGCCGCCGACUGCAACAGUGAGCCGUUAGGUGCGGAGCUUGCUGGUGCACUAGGAUUUGACCUCUGCUCUAUGGAGAAAAGACUGCAGGGCCUGGAGAAGAAAAUCCUGAUCGAGGCCAGUGAGACUCCUGCAGUUGUGUAUGAGAUGAAGAAACAGGUGGAUUCCUUCCGGCAGAAACUAGAGAGUGUGGAGCAUCUGAGCUGGCUGGGAUUGUUUAAAGACCUGUCAGAGGGAACACACAAGCCCUCCCCGUUCUACCACAAGAGAACCCUGCAUAAAACCAGGAAGGAGUGCGAGCAUGUACGGGAAAAGUUUCUUCAAAUGAGCUCCCUGGAGGUAUCAGUGGAAGUGAGGCAGUACUUAAAGACCCCAACCUUUGAUAACUGGCAGUGGGAGGACGCAGAGAUCAUGGUGCUCCUGCAGGUCAUGUACACAGAUUUAGAUUUCAUAGCGGUCUUCAACAUUGAGCCUGAAGUGCUGCAACAGUUCCUGUUUGAGGUCUAUCGCAGAUACAACAACAUCCCUUUCCACAACUUCAAGCACUGCUUUUGUGUUACCCAGAUGAUGUAUGGUUUGAUCUGGCUGACUGACCUAAAGAGUAAGAUGGACAGCGUCGACCUGCUGAUCAUGUUGACCUCUGCGGUCUGCCACGACCUCGACCACACAGGAUACAACAAUGCCUAUCAGAUUAAUGCUCGGACUGAACUUGCUCUCCGCUACAAUGACAUCUCUCCGCUGGAGAACCACCACUGUGCUGUAGCUUUUGAGAUACUGGAGAAGACAGAGAGCAACAUCUUCAGAAAUUUGUCCAUGGAUCAAUACAAACGGAUAAGGGAAGGGAUCAUCAAAUGCAUUCUGGCCACUGACAUGACGAGACACAAUGAGAUUCUCAACAAGUUCAAGUCCAUCCUGCCAGCAUUUGACUUCACCAACAAGGACCACAGAGAGGUGCUGAUGAUGAUUCUGAUCAAAGUGAGCGACAUCUCCAACGAGGCACGGCCCAUGGAGGUGGCUGAGCCCUGGUUGGACUGCCUUCUGCAGGAAUUUUUCAACCAGAGUGAUGUGGAGAAGUUAGAGGGUCUUCCAGUCACCCCCUUCAUGGAUCGGGACAAAGUAACCAAGCCUUCAUCUCAAACAGGCUUCAUCAGAUUUGUCCUUUUGCCUCUCUUCAUUGAGCUGGCCAACCUCUUCCCCUGCCUGGAGCAACACAUUAUCGACCCGGUACGGAAGGCUCUUGAUUACUACACAGAGAUGGAGAAAGCACUGGAGCGGGAGAAACAGACCCGGGCUCAGAGCGAGAAUGCAGCCAAGAAGGAGACGACCGCAGGCCCACAGAGAACAGCUGACAGCACCACAGACGCUGGGCCUGAAGCCUCGAAAACAGACACACAGUGACCUGUGGUGGACGGCACAUUUGAGAACUGGACAGCAGCUAUCUUGGGCAUUUUAUCUAAAGAUUGUAUCAUUAUAGAUUAAUUUGAAUUUACUUUUGUUUAUUUACUGGGCUAAGCACAGGUAUUCUGUUCUAAUCAGUGUUUGUUGUAGUUUUGGUGUAUGCAGUAGUAAAUGUCAUGUGAAGAGGUGGAACCUAACUUUUACUUUUAGGAGUUCAAUACAAAUUCUCAACAGUAAGACAGUUUUAAAAAGUAUUUCCAAAGUAGGGUACAACAAAUUUGCCUGACUUAUAUUUUAUGACAGAAAAAAAAAAAAUUAUAUUGCAAAAGAAAAUGUGUGACAAAUGAUUCAUGGAUUAUAGAUAUGAACAGUUCGGCAUUUUAGGUCACACAUCCAAAGUAUGGCAUUAUUUCACUGUUGACGAGGAAGUCUUGACAAAAAUGCAUUUCUUUUAAAAUCUCCACUGUUUGUUUCGGAAUAAAUAAACUGUUUAUACU